AUGGAGUCAUAAAAUCAGACGCUAACCGAUGAUCCAAAGAUCGAAGAAGAGCAUAAGUAGCCAUAAGCAGAACAAGAUAAUGUCUCUAAUGAGCAUUCUUAAAAGCAUGAGCUUACACCAGGAUAAGAUAAUUAGAUUUAAUAAGAAGAUAGAGCAAAACUAACUCAAAAUACUUCAGAUGUAUAAUCACUGUAUUUGCCUAUGAAGGUUAAAAGCAAAGAAUUGUUCAAACAGUCAAGAUAUAUUGAAGCUCUCGAAUUUGCCUAAUAAUACAUGAAAGAUAAUAAAGUAGAAGAGUUGAAAGAUGUUGAAUAGCGAUGCUAAAUUUUUGCCAGAUAUGUUAAGUGUGUGGGCAAGACAUAAAGUAUAUUAAAAGCAUCUUAGGUAUUGGUAACAGAGAUAAAACAUUAUUUCGACCUUGCUCAAGAUAAUCCUAGAGCCAAAGCUAGAAUUAUUUAUGCCUAAUCAAUUCUAGAAGUCAGGGUUCACAUUGUAGAUUUUCUCAGAAGCAUUAACUAAAUCAGUGAAUUACACAAAAGCCAUCCAAAUGAUUUAGUGGUUUCCAAGUUCUAUGUUAAAAUUUUAGUAUGUUCUCCAAAGGAUGGCGUAAUUGAAUUGAAGUAAUGUCUCCAAUACCUCAAUUAGGCUAUCAAGAUUAACAAUUAAGUAUUGAAUAAAGAAAACAACUAUAAAAAACUCAACUUAAAAAUACUACUAACCUAAUGCAAACAUUUCAGCCAUCUAUACAAGCAAAACGAUUACCAAAAUUUGUUAAGUCAAGCAAUGAGAGAUGCCGGUACAAAAUCUAUGAAUUCCCCAAAUGUACUCUUUUUAAUGGCAGACUUUAACAGCAAAAAAGGAGAUUAAGAAAAAGGUAUUUAAUAUAUCAACAGAGCUCUUAAUUUGGCCAAAGAGGUCUUGGACGGUUUGUCAGCACACAAAAAGAUAAUUGGACUACUCUUCGGUAAAAUAUAGAUUUUAAAUAGAAAGAAAGCUUUUGCUGAAUCUUUGUAGGUUACAGAGGAGUGUGGAGAGAUGAUCUUGAAAGUAUUUGGAAACGACGAAAAUUAAUACUUUUUGACUAAUUUAAACUUGAAAGCAAGUAUAUAUGCUGACAUGAAGGGAGAGGAAUAUAAAGCAGAAGAUGUAAUGAAAAACGCCUCAAAAAUUAUAGAUAAGAUUCAUGGCUCCCUUCCCAAUAAGUAGGAAAGCAUAUUUAACUGCAUAUUUUAUAUGGAAUAGUGCGCAAAUUACAUCAAGCUUAUGAGACCAGAUAAAGUUCAGAAAAUCUAUAAGACCUGUAGCAAGGAAUUGAUGGAAAAAGGACUUGAAUAUUCUCAAAUUAAGCUGGGCUAUGAUUUCCUACUAUUAUAAGUUUAACAAGAUCCUGAAUAAGCAGUCUAACUAAUGGAAAAUGUAGUUAAACUAUCUGAUAAGAUUGACUAGUAAUAAGGUUUUAAAGGCAGUUUGAGCAUUCUUUGUGAUUAGAUUAAAGCUAAUUUGAAAAUCAAGGAAGGAGACCUUUAAGGGGGUCUUGAUGUACUUUAAGAAACUAUUAAAAUGAGUCUUGAAUACUUUGAUGGAAAUGAGGAUAAUGAACUUUUAGUUGAUCCCUUAAUCUUUAUUGGCUAAAUAUACACUGAACUAGACAAAAUUCCUCAAGCCAUCUAGGCCUUAAUUAGAGCAGAAAAAAUUGUUAAGGCUCUCAGUGGAGAAAUCAGCGAUAAACUUCUUGAUAUCUAUCAGCAACUAUCAACAUUAAUGGUCUUUGACUAAAAAUUUGAAAAAGCAGUUGAAUAUACUAUCAUUAAAACAGAGCUUGCAGGUAAAAUUCAUGGAUAGCAGAGUGAGCAAUAUUGCUAACACCUUGAAGAUCAAGCAGCUCUAUUUACAUAAAUGAGAUGGUUAGAAUAGGCAAUUCCUCUUUGGGAAAAACUUAUAAGAAUCACAAAAGAAAUUAACGGUGGUGAAAAUAGUUAAAAGAUGAUUCAAUUUUACUAAGCCUUAGCAGAAAUUUUCAUUGUAUUAAAGAAAAAUACUGAGGCAUUGCUUCUGACUCAAAAAGUUAUUACUAUAUACAAAGCCUUAAAUGGAUAAGAAGUAGAAGAUCAAUCCCUAGGCCAAUUGAUUGCUUAAUGUGCCUUCUUACAUAAAAAUCUUAAUAAGUUUAAUGAUGCUAUAAGUCUCUUAGAUGAAGCAUUAAGAAUCUUUAAGAAAUUAUAAGCAACUGACUAAGCUGCCAAAAGGAUGCAUGGAGUUUAUACCAUGGAGAGAAUAAAAUUUGUGAGAGAAAAGAAAGAGUAUGACAAAUAAUUCACAAAACCCAUUUUGCAAAGAGUAGUUCCAGAUACUCCCUUAAAAGUUGCUAUUUGGACUACAGUACUAGCUAGUUUAGCAGGAGUUGCUACCUAUGUCAUUAUGAAAAAAAGAGAAGCUUCGUCUUGA